AUGCCCAGUGGCAGCAGACUUGGGCAGCAGCAGCUUGGCAGAGCAGCUGGGCUACUGGUGAAGAAGGACAAGGUGCUGGUCUUCUUCAAGAGGACACUGGAGCAGCCCCAGUGUGGCUUCAACAACACGGUGAUGCAUAUCCUGCGACCGCAUAGCAUCCGUGACUACAAGGCCUACAAAGGGCUGGAUGACCUCGAGCUCCGACACAGCAUUAAAGACUAUUCCAACUGGCCCACCAUCCCUCGAGCAAACCUCAAUGGGGAGUCUGUGAGGGGCUGUAACACUCUUCUGCAGAUGUGCCAGAAUGGGGACCUGGUAGGAGAACUGAGAAAGCUGGGGAUCCACUCCACCCUUUUAGAUAAAAAGAAAGACCAAGACUCAAAGUGAAGCUACCCGGGUCCGCAGUGAGCAGAGAGGGAGCGUUCAUGUCAGAGACUGCCAGAAAAGCCUUACCAAUUUUGGUUUUCACUAUGGAGACAACUGCUUGAACUUAUCACCUCGGUUUGCAAGCAGCCAGGUGAUUUUAGUUUUUCUAGUGUUUGAGCUAAUAAUAUUUUACUGUGAACUUCAUCACAAUCACUUCACUGUAGUAAUUCAAUGUUGUAUUAUAAUAUUGCUGUAAACAAAAUUCAUUCUUAUAUUGUCAUUUAUUCUUUGUCUGAUUUAGGAGCUAAACUAGGAGCUUUGGAAUCAUUAUUCAUGACUCCUCUGCAAAUGACUGUCUGCAAAGACAAUACAUCCCCC